AUGACUCUGCAGCGAACGGUUGCGUUGGUAGCUCUCAUUCUGGCAAGUUGUAAUCCUCCCAUAUGUGCAACAAUUUUGAUGGGUUUUGCAGAGCGUUAUAUGUCGGAUUGCCUUCCCAUUGGCAACCCGACCGAUACACCCGAGGAAAGCCUCAAGUACUGCGAAGACAUUGCGUUCUGGGAAAUCCUUGAUAACACAGGAAAAGCGGAGAAACGUCUUCUUCUCGCCAGCUGCGAUCCUGGACGAAAAUCAUGGAACACCGUCAUGGGUCCCCUCCACGAUCCCAAACCACAUGGUGCGCUGUGGGUUCACGUCCCACCCGAACGGGGUUCUUCUUCCACCCCCACCAAAGCUCAGAGAAUCACGUUGAAGAACUAUCCUGAGGGUCACGACUUUCACCCGCUCGGACUCGAGAUUUAUCCUUCGUACGGAGGCAACUCCUCCAACCUCUACGUCAUCAACCAUUCACGCGAACGAACGGUGAUUGAGCAAUUCCUGCUCAAUCCCGCCGACCCAACAACCGCAACCCACAUUCGCACUUUGACCUCUCCAUAUUUCAUCUCCCCGAAUUCGCUAACUCUGACGUCGCCAGACUCGUUCUACGUCAGCAACGACCACCUCUUUACACGCCGCCUCUUCAUCCUUGGGCAUUUUCUGCCUAUCAUCGAAUCAAUACUGGCCCUUCCUCUAAGCUUCGUCUCCCAUAUCAACCUCUCCCCACCCUCCUCAUCCAACGACGACGCCAUCAUCAUCAAACACACCUUCGCAGCGCUCUUCCUACCUUUCCCAAACGGCAUCUCCCUCUCUCCCUCUGGAACGCAAGUAGCUCUGGCUCUAACGUCCCAAAACAAAGUCCUCUUCUACGAACGCGAUCCAGCCACCAACGUACUCACCAAACGUACACACACCAUUCCCGUCCCAUUCUGCCCUGACAACGUUCGGUGGACGCAUGGUGGCACCGACGACGAACUGAUCGUCACAGGUCACCCCCACUUCCCCUCCAUCACCGCCGUCGCCGCGAACAAGACGGGGGCGGCGUCAGCUAGCUGGGUAGUUUCCAUCCAUCCCAACGGUAACACUACGGACAAGCCAACAGGCAAGGGCGAGUUCGAUCUGGAUGCGCCGGUGUCUGCGAGUUCUAAAAUCUCGGGAUGGUCAAUGACGACGUUGUUCCAAAGUGAUGGGUCGGAGGAAGGGUUGAUGACGUCCUCGACGGCGUUGAAGGAUCCCAAGUCUGGCGUUUUGUACGUGUCUGGACUUUAUGACGAGCGGGGUGUGGUGAUGUGCCGGCCAGCAAAGUAA